AUGCCUAAGAGUAAUAUCGCAAGGGAAUCUGAGGUCCCAGCAGGGAUCUCUCUGGUUGCUGGUGGGUUUUCUGGGGUGGUAGCACGAUUUUUUGUGGCGCCUAUGGACGUGAUCAAAAUUCGACUGCAAUUACAGACUGAUACCACAAAAUACCGUGGAAUCACGAAAACUGUCAGUUCAAUUUGUCGACAUGAAGGAUUAACAGCUUUCUGGAAGGGGAAUAUUCCUGCUGAGAUCAUGUACUUAGUGUAUGGGUCUUCCCAGUUCGCCUUCUAUUCGCUACUUAAUGCAUAUUCUACACGACUCCAAGAGAGUUACCAUCUGAAUAUUCCUGGUCCCGUCCAAUCGCUUUUUGUUGGAUCUGUCGCAGGAUGUGCCGCUACAUGUGCUUCUUAUCCUUUUGAUCUUCUCCGAACACGGCUUAUAAACAACGAGAAGCGCAAAUUCGCCUCGUUAUACGAAGAGAUUAGGCAUAUAGUGACUACUGGAGGUCUCCGAGGCUUCUUUGGUGGAGGAGCAUUAUCAGUGGCAUCGGUAGCCUUGACUACAGGAUUAGCCUUUUCGGGCUACACUUUUCUUAGAGAUCAGAAUAGUGAGGAAUCCAAUGGUCUUAGUAGUGGGUUCAUUGCAGGCGCUGUCUCCAAAAUUUUGGUCUAUCCAUUGGAUCUUCUUAAGCGUAGAAGACAAAUUUCCACGUCAACUUCGGCGUGGAAGAUGGCCAAGAUCAUUUUGGCAAGUGAGGGACCUGUGGGAUUAUACCAUGGUCUGGUUCCUUCGGUAUUGAAAUCCGCACCAACUACAAUGCUCAGUUUGUACUGCUACGAGUGGGCUACCAACCGUCUUAUGACCACAGUGAACACCAUGAAUGCAUAG